AUGUCGCGAAACACCUCAGACCCCUUGCCAGUCUACACCCAAGAUGCUCCCUGUGACCCUGAGCUACCGGCGACUGACCCACCACAAUACUUACGCCGCACAGCUUCACAAGAAGCCGCCAACCUCGCAUCCCUGAAAGCAUGGGCAGAGAAACGCGAUAUGAUGAACGGCGGCGGCUACAUGGAGACCUUCCACAUCGGCGGCCAAACCGUAACCAACGGCCACAUUGUUCAGCCCAACACUUCUUCCGCCACCACAUCUCACGACUUUCCUUCUGCAUCCGAGGAAAAGGCAACACUUGCUCAGCAACAAGACCUCGACGCAGAAGGUGCUGGUGCGUCGCAGCAAGACAGUGAUGGCAGUCGUCCAGGAGUCGGCAAACGCAUCUCGGGCUUCUUAAAGAGGAUCAGCCCUGCUGAGAGAGCACAGCAGAAAGCUAUGGCCAUGACUGCUGAGGAGGAAGCUGCUGAUGCGGCAAAGUAUCCCAUGUCUGAAGGCACUUAUGGCUGGGAGAACUACGAGCCUGCGAACAAGCGAUAG